CCAAGUAUGAGAUGAUCAAGAGAUCAACUGUUUAUAUAUUAUUGAGGAAAAGAGUGUACCUGUGUAUAGAAGAUUGUGAAGUGUUGGUAAAUUACAUAAAGAGAGCCAUGCUUGUGCUACUUAGAUGAAAUAAGUACCUCAGUCAAAACCUUCGAGAGGCGAAGAGGUCUCUUUUCUUUAUGGUUUGUGAAUGUAGUGAUUAUAACCAGGAGGUGCAUAUAGUUAUUUUGAGUUGAUGAAGAAGAUCAACAUCAUGAUGCAUUUAACUUGAAAGAAAUAAUACAUAUGAGACAAAACCAUCAAGACAAGUCUUUCUAGUGUAAUAAAUAAUAAGUGCGCUUCUAUCUCACGAAAUAUACAAUGGAUUGGGUAGAGAGCACACUACUUGUGACCAAUUCCAUGGGUAUUGAUGGGUAUCUAGCAUGAAAACGGAGAACAAAUCAUUAUCAGAAAUUAGACAGGAACACCUUAUUAUAUAAAGAAGCAGACAUCUUUAAGGAGUAGGCUUAUUACCAUCACAGGCAACCUACUCCGCACAAUAUAUCCCUUUUCCUGUGACAUUGGCUGAAACAAUACAGAAACACAUUGAGAAUCAAUGUAAAUAACAUGUCUUUUAAUGAGCAAGGGAUGAUCAUCAACGACCAAAGAAAGUUUUCACAAACUGCUGUUCCUCACGAACCCCCGAGAUCAUCUAGCAAAAACUCCCAAUUUCUGGCUCAGCCUUAGUGCACAACAUUAUCAACAAAUCCCCAUCAUCUAAACCAACAGAAACAGAUGUGUCUAACGAAAUAAAACGAAAAAAUUACCAUAUUGUUUGCUCCUUCGUCCAAAACCAAGCUAUUAUGCAUAACACUUCUCAGCUUCCCGCCUACUCUUCCAUCAGCUUCAAGCACGAACACAAUCCAGCGUCGAAAUCACUGAACAGGCGUCUUAAAAACGACAACAAACGGGGUCGUUUCAGAUUCUCAGGCCCACGGAUCCACUAUCGUCACUUAUAUGUUUAACGGGCUUUUGUUUAAUGCUUCGGAUAUUAAAAAAAAGUUCCCCGCGCAAUUAUUUUUAUUUUAAUGUGUGUUUAGGCGUCUAAAGGGAAGCUAAUCUUGUUGGUAGUUAUCACGGUAGUUAAUUUAAUUCAUGAAACGAAAAGUACUUUUUCGAUAAGAUCAUAAUUGGUCUUAUUGUGAGCAAAGUAUGCAACAGUACUACGAAUAAUCGCUUUUUAGAGCAGCAUACCAACUUUGAAUAUUAACACAUAUAUAUGCUCAAAAGCAAAAGAAAACUUAAACAAUACAUUUUGCUGUGAUUACGAGAACAUUAUGUGGCCCAUUUUUACAAAUUCGGAUCUCAAUUUUCAAUAGAUUGGAGAUUAUCGCAUGGGUAGUGAAGGUAAUGGAUUAGUCAUUUUGCUUUAAGGUAAGACUAAAUGUCUUUUUGAAGAUUAACUUUAGAUCAUUAGAGACAUGAUAUUUGCUUGCGCCGUGGACCAUUAAGAUGGAAGCAACCCAAUUAAUUAAAUAUUUAAUCUCUGCCCCAAAUAUGAAUUUGAAAUAUUUGAUUACACGUAUAAUCAAUUCAUGCUUGUCUUCUGUUAUCUUUUUCAAAUUCAAAACUGAAAAGGUCAUAAGGCCUAAGAUGUGUUGGGUGCAAGUUGUUUUCCUUUUACCACCUUGAUCCUUUUUCCAUUAAUUGCCUUUGUUUGCUUACACUUUCUUAAUUAAGAAGAAAAAUGUGAUGAUAUGAAUUCUGAAUAUAUUUUAUGUGUGUUUGAUGUCUCGAUGAAUAGCGUUUUGUAAACCAAAAGAAGUUGGACAUUUUUUACACAAUUAUAUAAUACUGCGCUUGUUAAAAAAAGGAAUCAAACAUGUAAGUUUCACGUGGCAGCCUGGAUCACGGGAUUUUUCGGCGACAUGAACCUCCAAACUAGAUGAAUCACGUUCUUUUGGUCAGCUCAUUUUCAUGCAAGGGUCCUUCAUAAUUUAAACCAUAUCCCAAAAUAUUUAACAAAAUAUUUGGUUGAGCUCAUACGAGCAUGCGGCAUGCCGUCAAUUCAGAUACAGCUAGUUGUGGGCACUGAGCAGCAUUGAGUAAAGCAAAAUAGCCAUAUCUACAUAGACGUAUUGCACGAGUGAGUACUGUUAAGGGUUGAUGAGGAGUCAACCUCAAGGUCUUUGCCGUACGUACGAUUACGAAGGUAUGGUCCUCUAUAUCCUAUAUAUACCACCGACUUCUCUAAAACUCUCUCUACCACACUUUGAUAUUCCUUGCAUCCUCCAAAGAUCUCACUUACAUCACUUCUAUAUCUCUUCUUGCAUUUAAUUUUAAUCGCCCAGCGUUUUUAUUACUAUGACCUGUAUUCUACUCGAUUCACAUCGUCCACGACAAAAAAAGAAGAGUAAUAAUUGUGAAGAUAUUUAUCUGAUUACAAAACUAUUGGUUAUUUUGGCAUGUCACAUAUAAUUAAAAAAAAACACCAUUAAUUCACUGCGAUGCAUCUAGCAUAAGGCCAAAAGACACAUGGCCAAAUAUCGCAAUUUAAUACCCAAACAAUAUAAAAUAGAUAGCUACCAAAAAAACAUAGCCUGAGACAUUUAGCUGGACUGGGAUUGUAGCUGGAGGAGUAAACAAAUGAGUAUGGACUCAUUGAACAAAUCAACAAAACAAGUAAAUACUGUUUCGAUUUGAUGAGUUUCUGUAUUAUCAAAAUUUCAACAAUGUCAUAACAGUCCUAUCUAACUUUCCUUUAAGUACCACAAUCCAAUUUCAUUCCAUUACUGCCUUCUUUCCCAGCUAAUAUUUACCUAAAUUUGACAUGAAAUAUUUUUUAAAAAACUGCCAAUUGUAAGAAAGCUAGUAUUGUUUCUAUGCAUUUAUAUAGAAUUAUAUAUCAUUAUCAGUUAGAUGAUUUCAUACCAACUUCAACCCAAAAGGUUGACACUUAUAAUUUAAGUUGUUUUUUAUUCUAAAUAUUCUAUAUUCGUUAAUAUUCAUGUUCAUAAAAAUAUUUUAUUUAUUUUAAGUGUAAAUAAUUCGGAAUUAACCUAUUCCAAAGUCUGCAAUCAAGUCUUAAGGGAUGUAUUCAAUCUAAAAUUUGAGGUGAUUUGAUUUUUAAUAAAGUUUUAGAUGAUUUUAAGGAAUUGCAAAGAAUAAAAUGAUUUUUGUUAAACUACUCUACAAUAUUACCAAAUGAAUAUCAACCAAACACUCUAAAAUCACCUGAAAACUUUAAAAAUUUUCAACUUAAAAUAUUUUCAAUAAAAGUAGAUUUCAUAGUACUUUAUAAAAUGUCAAGUUUAAUAUCAUUAGAUUUUAAAUGAGUUUUUAAAAUUCAUAUUUUAAUAACAGUGGAUUUGUUACUCUAACACCCCUUUAAACUGUUUAGAUUUUUUUUAACACUGAAAUAAAGUGGGGACAACGCACUAUGUUACCCACGGUUACCUCAUUUUUAACCGCGGUUAAUGCUGUAAAAAAUCUGUUUCAAUAAAUUCUCCACACUCUUCCACAUCCCUGGCGCUCACUUCUUUUCAAGUCAUCCCCCUCUCUUCCUCUCUCGAGCCUCGCGUCUGUUUAAAAAAAUAAAACAAAAACACGAUCCUCAAAACCGACGACGUUUUGGUUAGCUUCUAGCAUUCGGUCAACGACCUGCAACGAUCUCAACUCCGACAAUGACGGUUUUCUCCGGUAAAAUCGUUCCCAUGGAUUACGAGGCAGUUACAUCACAGCGUCUUCUCGACGCCAUCCUCGACGGAGACACCAAAACGGCGUCGGAUUACAUCUCCGAUCCGCUCGUCGACGUGAACUUCGUCGGCGCCGUCAGCUUGAAGACGAGGAGGAGCGAGGUCGUGCUCCGCGACGAAUCGGCGAGCGAUGUCCGAGUGGAGUACGAGGAAUUCAAAACCGACGUGACGGCGCUGUUCCUCGCCGUUAAUUUCGGAAACGUGACUCUCGUGAAGAGCUUACUGAACAUUGGAGCUGAUGUGAACCAGAAGCUCUUCAGGGGAUUUGCAACUACUGUAGCUGUAAGGGAAGGUCAUUUCGAGGUGCUUCAAAUUCUACUCAAAGCGGGUGCUUCUCAGCCGGCUUGUGAGGAAGCUCUAAUGGGAGCUAGCUAUCACGGACGCCCCAUGCUCGCUGAGCUGCUUAUGGGAACUGAUCUUAUCCGGCCUCAGGUCGCUGUGCACGCUCUAGCCACUGCUUGUUGCAGAGGUUUUGUGGGCGUUGUAGAGACCUUGCUCAAAUGCGGUGUAAAUGCUGAUUCAACGGAUAGGCUUCUCCUUCAAUCUUCAAAACCUUCUCUAUACACAAAUGUGGACUGUACAGCUCUUGUCGCUGCCAUUGUCAACAGACAGGUCUCUGCCGUCCGCUUGCUACUUCAGGCUGGUGUGAAGACAGAUAUCAUGGUGAGGCUUGGAGCUUGGUCAUGGGACACUAACACUGGAGAAGAGUUCCGAGUGGGAGCUGGAGUGGCUGAGCCAUACCCUUUAACCUGGUGUGCUGUCGAAUUCUUUGAAACCAGCGGUGACAUAUUGCGUCUACUUCUCAAAGUCCAAUCUCCAAACACUCCUCACAACGGUCGGACUCUGCUCCACCAUGCCGUCCUCUGCGGUAGCCAGGCAGCCGUCAGAGUCCUCCUCAACUGUGGUGCCGAUCCAGAAACUCCUAUUAGAACUUCACGAGGGGUUGAACUCCGACCGAUUCAUAUUGCUGCACGUUACGGAUCAGUGGAGAUCAUACAAGAGCUUGUUGGCUUUGGCUGCGAUAUAAACUCAAAGACUGGUGAUGAGGACACGUCUCUGCUGAUCUCAACAAGAGGCAAACAUUCAGAGUGCGUAAAGGUACUAGCCCUCGCCGGUGCUGACUUCGGCUUAGUGAACAAGUUUGGCCACUCUGUUGUUUCGGUUGCUGAGUCAAGCAAGUGGUGUCUCGGAUUAGAACGAGUAGUUCUUGAACUGAUCCGGUUUGGUGUGGUUCCAUAUUCAAGCAACGCUUCAGUGUUCUCUCCGUUGCUGUACGUAGCUAAAGCAGGAGACUCCGAGGCGCUCAAAACGCUUGUAAAGGCUCAAGGAGUCUUUAUAGAUUAUCAAGACGAGGAAGGCUUCUCGGCUGCAAUGCUAGCUGCGAUGAACGGCCACGUUGAAGCAUUCAGAGUCUUGGUCUACGCAGGCGCAGACGUGAAGCUGGUCAGCAAAUCCGGAGAGACAGUGGUCUCUCUGUCCGAGAAGAACGGGUAUCUUGACAUGAUCGAGAAAGUGAUGCUCGAGUUUGCUCUGGAGAAGGACAACAGGAACAUGGCGGGUGGGUUCUACGCUCUGCACUGUGCGGCAAGGCGCGGAGACGUCAAAGCGGUGGAGCUUUUGAGUGGGAAAGGAUACGGUCUGGACGUCCCUGAUGGAGAUGGCUACACUCCUUUGAUGCUUGCGGCUAUAGAAGGACAUGGAAAGAUGUGUGAGUUCCUGAUCUCCCGUGGCGCAAACUGUAAUGCUAAGAAUGGGAGAGGGAAGACGUUGCUGGAUCUCGCGGUUGGUGAUGCUGAGAAGGUGAUUCGGAACGAGUUGUCUCGAAGGUUUGUGGCAAAGGGAAGUAGUGUGAUGAAACACACCAAGGGAGGGAAAGGUAAGAAGCAUGUGAAGGGAUUGAAGAUGUUGGAAUCAGGAGUACUAAGCUGGGGGAAGUCUGGAAAGAGAAACGUGGUGUGCAAGGAAGUAGAUAUUGGGAUGAGCCAACGGUUCAGGAAGAACCGCAAGGGGAAAGGCGAUGCGGUGAGGGAGGAAGAAGGGACUUUCCGGGUGGUGACUACGGCUAACAAAGAAGUUCAUUUUGUGUGUGAAGGUGGCUUGGUGGGUGCAGAGAUGUGGGUGAGGGGAAUAAGACUUGUGACAAGAGAGGCUAUUUGUGGGUGAACUCAGACUCAGAAUUAGUUUGUUGUGUUUGUAUAUAUAAAGAAGUUUUGAUAAAGAGGUUUUGAAGGUAGUGUGCUUGUGUCUAUGGUUGUUGGUUUGCUUAAUAAGAAGAUUGGUUCAUUUGAAAAA